UCGGGACAUUUCAUUCAUGCCGCAGACCCUAACCGAGGUGCAAAGCUAAGACGGAGCCUCUGGAUGAAGCCUGGGACUGCGCGCGUAAUUACGCACGAGAUUCUCAGUUCUUUCCACAAAAGGUCUUGUUGUGUGAAGGAUGCGGGGACCAAAACAGUGAAAAAUGACGUCGAGUCAUAAGAUUUCAUUUUCUAUAACAGACAUAUUGGAUCCGAAGAAGUUUAACAGCAAAAGGGGGAACGAGCUCUUCACCUGUCAGAAGAAGUUUGCUGCGCCAAACGCAGACAGAACAAGUUUGGAGUGGGACAGCACAGAGGGCGGGAACUUCAUCGAUGAGUUCCAAUUUCAAGAUCCACCAGUUUCAGAAACUGGAGAGGAAGAGUCGGUCCUCGGCGGGCAUCCUGCAGCUUUUCCAGACCCCCUUCUCCUCACCCCACCUGCUCCCUUGGAGCCUUGUCUUGAGAAGGACGAAGCUGAAAGCGAUGCUGCCAUCGCCACGCAGGACCGGUCCACCCACAAGCGGAGGCGUUCGGAUCAGGCCUGUGCCAAACCGCGGCGCGCCAGAACAGCUUUCACCUACGAGCAACUGGUGGCUCUGGAGAACAAAUUCCGCACAACGCGGUAUCUGUCCGUGUGUGAAAGACUGAACCUGGCCCUCUCAUUGAGUCUGACCGAAACCCAGGUCAAAAUCUGGUUUCAGAACAGGAGGACCAAGUGGAAAAAACAGAAUCCCGGUGCCGACAGCACCCUUCAGCCUGGUUCAAACUCACUGAUUAACGUGAGUCCAAACUCAGUAACUUGUGGCUCUGGCUCCGGAAGCUUCCACCAAACUUUCUCCAACUUCAGCUCUGGGAAUGUGAUCUUCCACGCGGCCGUUGGUGUUCCACUUUCAUCCACUGGAGGGCUCUUGCAUGCCUUCAUGCACAGCGCAUUCGAUCAGCCGACGUAUUAUACACCACACCCAUAAAUUGGACUAUAUGCUCUAUAGUGAGACGAUUCACAUUUAAUAUUCUUGUUCAAGUGUUAUUCAAUUUACAUCAAGAAAGCCUCAAAACACAAGAAUCUUUAAGAAACUUUUAUGGGACAGCCUCUGGUAACCUCGUGACCCUAAAAGGGACAUAGCGGGUUAAGAAAAUGGAUGGAGGGAGGAUGAUAUGAGUCUGAACCUAUUUUUUAAACAGUUCUUUUGUUUAUUGACAACAUGGUGUCACUGAGCUGACAGAUCCUGUGUCAGUUCGGUGACAAUGUCUGUGUAUCAUGACACCUCUCCAGCUGUGGCACACUGUCUCUACCUCCGCAAGGCCUGCACAUCUCACCAGUGUUGCAAACAUUUUAUUAAAAAAUAAAUCAAAUUU